UUUAGCCUUGCUCACUACAUGCUAGACAUUUGACAGUUAUGCUGGAGCUGACCCGCCAAAGUCGAGCAGAUGCAUUUUGCUCGAAUUUGUGAAGGGUUGCAUUUAUGCAAAAAUGAGCAACAUUUUGUUUGUUUGAUUUUCUAUUUCAAAUUUGUUACCGUUUUUUAACGAUUCGUUUAUAAUGUAACGGAUGGUUACCAUGAUAUUAUAAAAUUAAGGAAGUAACGAAAAUCAUUUACAAUCGUUCACUAAACCUAAAUGUCUACUGCAACUUGUUUAUUUUAUUUAACACUACUUUGCAUCACCUUUUAUGCUCACACAUAUAACCAAUUUUUCCCAAUAGACGAUCGCAAACGAUCGCGAUUUUGGAGAGCACAUUCGCGAGAGUCUCUCCAAUCGAAGACGGAUUUGUUUGCACAGCUGCGUAUCCAAAUCACACAUAUUAUCGUGGGAUUUACAGCACAGCAUGUAUCUUAGUUUUUAUCACACACCGCCGCCGAGAUGGCUUCGAAGAAGGUCGUUCAUUCUACUGUGAAUCGUGUCUCCUAUGCUAAGUGCAUAUUUUGGGUGAUUUUAAACUUAAGUUUAAUAAUAUUACUGUUUAAAACUGUUGUUUACUACAGUGCGCUAGUCAAUACAAAGCAUGCACAUACUUUGCGGAACAAAUCACUUACAUUUUCAAACGGAACCGAGUAUCAGCUCGCAUGUGAGCUUUCCGAGCCGAGAGCGCUCGAUGCCAUUGGGCGUGUCAGUAGUGAUGAGUGUAAAAUUAAGCUAGCUGAUGCAGCUUGUAAAAAUGUGCUAGGCAAACUGACGCCUCGUGAGAUAGUGAGUCAGUGUCCGCGCGGUAGUUAUGUCCCGUACCGCAUGGUGGGAUGCUUUCCUCGGAGGAACCUUACACACGAUACGCUUUCUAGAAUCUUUGCACACAGCACGCCAAAUACUUGUGUCGAUUUUUGUCUGCAACGUGAAUUUCGCUACGCCAUCGUUCAAAAUGGAAAAAUAUGCUCUUGUGGCGAUGAUGCACCAAAUCAGGAGGAAAGACUUAACGAUCGUAUGUGCAACGCACCUUGCAGUGGAAAUUCGGACCAGUUUUGUGGAGGGAAAAUGACGUCCUCGGUGUACGAAACGGGACUGACGAGUAGGUAGUUGAAACACGUGUUACUAUCUCCUAUACAAUCAUCCUUUCAAUAAUUGCAGAGCGUCCGCAACAACCAUUAAAACUCUAUCCAAACCCAAAGGAUAAACCCGUCCGUAUUGCA